AUGGGCUCCUUCAGAGAUCAGGCGCAACGGUUGCGCAUUUCGGCACUUCUGAAGUGUUUAGUGGCGGCGUGUGUCUUCCUUCAUCUCUGUUCGGUUUAUAACUGGCUGCCGUCACAAGGCCAUAUUGCACAAGGUGAGACAGGCCAUACAACGAAGAAUUCAACGACUGUGCAUUUCACUGACGUUCAACAUUCUUCUGCUAUCGCAGACAUGCUACUACCGACAUCCUCGCACUUCAUGGUACCGAGCCGGAAUUGGACCAUCGAUGAUCGGAAUAUUGUUGUAGCAAAGACGAGGGACGAAAACGUCGAGUGGCUUCUACCGUUUUGCGAAGAGUAUCUUUGCAAACCAUUUGUUUAUACGAUGGAUCAAGAGCCCGAGGAAGGACUCCUCGUUCCACAAACCACCCAGGGCCACGAGGCCGCCGCUUAUCUAUCCUAUAUCGUCACCAACUAUGACCAACUCUCUCCUUACACAAUCUUCAUACACGCCAACGAGGACCAAUGGCACAACGAACUCUUCGGCUCCAAAACAUCAACAGCUCUGCGCUUCCUGCGCUACGAAUCAGUCGACGCCAACGGAUUCGUAAAUCUGCGAUGCACCGGUAUACCCGGCUGCCCCAAUACUCUAGUACCCGUCCACCGCGAACCGGUCGAUGAUGAAUACGCCUAUGUGGCCGACAAGUUUUUCGAAUUAUAUUCUUAUCUGCUACAAGUUCCCAUAGACCAAGUGCCGGAAGUCGUGGGCCAUCUGUGCUGUGGCCAGUUCGUCGUGACGAGAGACCAGAUUCGAUCCAGACCGAAGGAGGAUUACGAGCGUAUUCUGACGUGGGCUGCCACGACAGACUUUACAGAUAGUUAUGGGAUUGGCUGGACCGUUGAGAAGAUCUGGCAUGUUUUGUUUGGACGCGAAGCGGUUGACUGCCCACGCCUCGAACAAUGCCGAUGCGAUAACUAUGGCUGGUGUGGGCCCCUGCCAGAUGGCGAAAUUCUAAUUCCCAUCAUGCCUCAUUCUUCGUAA